AUGUCGCGAAAAACCUCAAGAUGCGACAUUGUGCUGCAAAAAUGGAAAACAGUCCACAGAAUAUUUGGUUGUAAGAAUUUGACUAGCCACCAUUUGCUUCUGGACAAAGCUCCAAAUAUGCAAUAUUACCAAACUACAAUGCAUUUGAAACGACUUUUUGGUGUAGGUACAGGUGUUUCCAUGUAUCCAGAAUGCACCGAGUUUGAAUUGAUAUACAAUUGCUUGAUUCCAAUCUCUGUCCAAUUGAGAAUUGAAUAUUUGGGAUACAAAAGUUGCCUUGUACAAGACGUUAAAUUACCCGAUGGUGUCGAAGCAACGGUAGGUACAGAAGUCGAAAGCUCAACCACAAAAACAAGUACAACCGACAUAUAUUCAAAGCAUCCUGACCUGUCUCAUAAAGAAGAUGCCAUGGUGCACAUCACAAAAGGGUCAACAGUGCGAAAUCAGAAGGCGACAACCAAGGCUGCCAAGUCAGACAAGUCUUUUAAAGCGAACUUUUCUUGCAUUGAACAACCAAGGACCACUUCACUCAACAACAAGGGACAUGAUGUUACUCCUACCAACUCAUCUGCCAAAAAGUCAACACCAUUACCGGUGGAUGACAAGAUCGAAUGGGAUACCUUGUAUAACACAAAGGUACUACCCCUUCUUCCUCCAUUUUGGAAUGGGCAACUACCCAACGGAACACCACCGCGCCUUGUGUUCAUACUAAAGGAAGCCGCUUGCUAUGCUCGUAUAAACACAAAUGUGAAAACCAAAUGUGAAGAUGAGAUACGGUCUUUUCAUGAGACCCUUCGUCAGCAUCUACUGCUCGAUUCAGCUGAUACGAGGAUCGAAGUCCGUAACGAGUUGGAGCUGAAAAUUUACGUUAGAAUAAUGUCGUUAUACUACAUCAUAAUGAACCCCUUUCCAACUUCUUUGGAUGAAGAGUAUGGCGCUGACAGGUUGCAAAAGUUUGGCAAAUUAGCCAAUGGAACUUUGAGAGCAAUAAAGAAUUUGUUGAAACAUUGGGGCCGCCUCUUGGCUGGCAGUGAAAGACAUUUAACACUGAUAAAUAGGCAGUUGAAUAUCAAGGUUACAGAAAUCGAAGAAGAGAUAAAGAAGGUUCUUCAACUUAGUGAAGAAAUUAAGAAGUCUCUGAGAGAUCCAGAGAUGGAGGAGAGUGUCGCAACCCAAGAUGCAGUUGAUGCAAAUAUGCCAAACGAGAGCUCACGUGUGGGACUAGUACAGCAUGGGGGCCGGAAAAUAGAUGUCUAA